AAAGCAAGAGAUUUAACAAUUUAGGGCCAGGGAAAGGAGAGAGACAGAGAGAGUUAAAGCAAAGCAAGAGAGGGGGCUGAAAAGAGAGAGAGAGAGAGAGAGAGAGAGAGAGAGAGAGAGAGAGAGAGAGAGAGAGAGAGAGAGAGAGAGAGAGAGAGAGAGAGAGGCUUAGUUAAAGGAUCAGUGGAAAAUCUGUAGAAAUGAUGUAAGAGAAAGCAAAGGCAGGGAUUGGAGUAAGGAGUGUAAGGCUGAAACUAUAAAAACUCUGAAAAAAAGCUCAGCAUCAGGGCAAAGUUAGGGAGAAAGAGCAUAGGAACGUCUUUCAGAUCCGGAUCUCUUGAAUUUUGAACAAGAGAGAGUUGGUGAAUGGGGAAUGAAAUGCUGGACUGGAGAUUUGUUGCCACUCACUUGAUCCUGGCCAUUUUCCUGAUGCAGUGGAGUACUGGCAAAGGGCCCGGGGUCGAGGCAACACCAGAGGCCAUUAACUCCAUAGCUGAGAGUGCACAAUCCCACACUGAAAACACCGAAGAGAAAUCUGCCACUGAACUAAGCCAGAAACUCCUAUUCCUCGAUGAGCUGGUAUCCCUGGAAAAUGACGUAAUUGAGACCAAGAGGAAAAGGAGCUUCCCUGUCUUUGGGGCUCCACUGGACCGACUCUCAGCUGGAUCCUUCAACAUCAAAGGCAAACAGAGAAAAACGGUUGAGCUUCCAAAAAGGCGAUUCGGAGUCCCCAUUGAUCGUAUUGGGAGCAACCGUCUUGCAAACACCAGGGGCUAGUAGGAUCCAUGGAUGCUGCUUCCUGGGAUGAUAUGUGACAGAAACCCCAAUGGAGAAGACUUUUGUCUUGUCCUAAUAAAUAAACCCCUAGCAACCCCAAGCCCUCCCUUUCCCCUGCAUCAGAUCAGAACCCUGUCACGCCCCCAAACAUGUCUCAUUUCAGUAUGUGGCCCUUUGCAUUUUAAACAUUCAAUAAAACUCUCCCAA